CCUUGAAGCUUGUGAGUUUUGUGCGCUCAUCCCGACGUUGUAGACGCCGGCAAGUUUUUUGGUGGAGGUACCAGUACAACUUCUCUGCGCUUACCACUGAUAUGCCUGUCUCUGGGGCCUCGACACAAGCACCCAACUCCUCAGAGGCACUUCUACCGACUCCGCAUAAGUCUCCCAGGAAGCCCCCUAAUGAGUGGGCUUGGAGGUCAUUGACAGAGUCAACGGCGGGUGCUGUUCCUCCAAUAUUUACAAGGGAUGGAAGUUAUUUCUUUACUGCAUCUGGGUCCACUGUGAAGAUCCACUCUGCUUCCUCCGGCCAAGUAAUCUCUACCCUCACUUCGGUCAAUAGUGCGAGCAAACCCUCGAGCGCUACAGGCUACGGUGAAGCAGUCACCUCGAUGGUACUGAGCCCUCACAACCCGUUCCAGCUUCUCACGGCUUCAAUGGACGGCUGUGUUAGGCUGUGGGACUUCGUGGACGCCGUGCUGCUGCAGACGAUUGAAGUUUCGCGGCCAAUCCUGCAGAUUGCUGCGCACGAGAGGUACAAGAACGAGGUGUGCAUCGCUAUUUCUCGGGGGACCAAGAAACUCAAUAACCGUCGCAACCCUACCGCAGAGGACAAUGCUCAGGUGCAGAUAAUUUCAACGAUUCCCACAGAAUCGACGCGCAAGCUCCCUGUACAGAAACCUUCCAGUGUUCGCGUGGUCGGCAAAGCGCGCUAUACCUACGGCUUGUCCUACUCGCCCAGCGGGGACUGGCUAGUCGCUAUCGGUGGACACAAAGCAUACAUUUGCAGAGUAUCUGAUGUCAAGGCUGGAUUCACAAAGCUUGUGUCGCCUGAGAAGUUGACUUGUCUCGCCUUCCACCCCACCGACGACUACUUUGCAACUGGCGACAACAAGGGUGUCGUGCGACUCUGGUACUGCCUAAACGAUAGCAUUCCAGCUGGUGUUACUGGCGUGGAGAAGAAGGCUCCAACAACCACUCUGCAUUGGCAUGCGCAUGCUAUCUCGUCUUUGGCCUUUACAGCGAAUGGCGCUUACCUGCUCAGCGGAGGUGAAGAAGCGGUUCUGGUCAUCUGGCAGCUGCACACUGGAAAGAGGGAGUUUGUCCCUCGUGUCGGCGCGCCGAUCGCCAGCAUUACCCUGUCUACCGCUCGCGGCCGAGAAGAGGAAUACAUGCUGGGUCUGAGCGAUGCAUCUUAUAUCUUCGUGCGUUCAGGUACACUCAGGAUAUCCAGGACUAUCGUCAAGGUCAAGCUGGGUGGGCUAUUUGCGAUGUAUUGUCAUCCUGUCGUGUGUCUAAGUGCGUUUUCAGAUCCUGCCAUCGUUUCCGAUAGACCUCCCACCGGUGCUUCGGUGCCUCUCGCAGCUCAUGCCAUUUCAUCUUCCUUCAUUCUUCCAUCGUCACAUCCCUCUAGCUUGCAAACAUACUCUCCGUUGACUUCCACUCUCAUCUCCGAGCUCGAAGUAUCGCCAACCAACAAGAUCUCACGUAGAGACGAAAAGCCACUUGAGCCUUCUCGUGUGGAACAUGCUGUUACUUCCGAAUCUGGCCAAUGGUUAGCUACCGUGGACUCGCGUCCGGCUUUAGAUGGCUUCCGCGGCGAGAUCUACAUCAAGCUGUGGUCUUGGGACAAGAAGAAGGGCUCUUGGAUGUUAAAUACUAGAAUUGACCGGCCCCAUGGGCUCAGUAAGGUCACUACUGUUACCUUCCGCCCAGGUGAUGGAGGGUGCACCGAACAGACUUUGGUGACCGCCGGCGCGGAUGGAUGCGUGAAGAUGUGGGGCGUCUGUUCGACUAAGAGCAAGUCGGGCGAAGUUGAGAAUUUUUGGGUUACUCGUGCGACGGUUCGCUCUCGCUCGGAGACUCCCACACGAGUGGCAUGGUCUCGCGAUGGCUCGCUUAUGGCUGUCGCUUCCGGUCCCUACGUUACCCUCUAUGACCCCAGCACGAUGCUUGCCGUAAGGAUAAUUAUUUGUCCUGAGUGCGAAUUUGUGUCUUCCGUGUGCUUUGUCGGCAGGACAAGUCGCUACCUUGCGUUGCGUAGUCAUUCGGACAUCGCCCUCUGGGACCUCAUCACGGAGAGUGUGCGGUGGAAUUACCAGAGUACCUCCGGCAUUAGCGAGCUUUUCCCUCAUCAUCGCGACGAGAGCUUCGUUAUUUUCGAGACCGACGCACGAACUCCGCAGACGCAUGUCUUGAAGUUCUCGACAGCUUCCUCGGAGGCCAUCUCAGCCCACACUCUACCAUUCCGUCUCAUCAGCACUUCACCAUGCCCGCCGCGGUGGCUAUCAAACGACCCGGGUGCGUUCGCGUUCGUUGGCAUCACGCAGAGCUGGAACGCAGUCAUCUUCGGCGACCACAUACGUCUCGCGGGGACCGAAGAGGCGACAGGUCGCGGCCUCGUUGGUGCCGCGCCGGUUACGACGCAGACUCUGUUCCAAGAUAUCUUCGGCAAGUCCGCGUUUGAGAACCUUGCUGCUCGCAAUGCGAACGUUGAGCUACCGUCCACGUACACGGGCUCAAGUUGGAAAGGCAAGGAAGUCGAGAGGACAUUUGAUACGCCUACGUAUCUUGUGCCACCUCUCGGAACGCUUUUCGACCUUCUCCUGGACGAGUUCCUCGCUGUGCGAACGGAGACGGAGAGCACCCCAAAACAGGACGCACAGCAGGAUGUUGACCAGGAAGCUGACGUCGAGAUGGAAGGUGUCGAACCACUCAUCCUAGUCGGUAACCAACUAGAGCGGGUGGUUGACCACCACGAGAUGACGGCUAUGAUCGAGCUGUUCAAAAAUCAUAGUUUAUGCUCAUCAUCGCCUGCGUCUGUAGCCCCGACACCGAAAAAAAUGGCGCAAACAAAUGGGCCUCCUAAAGCCAACGGCGUACCAAACGGUACCGCCAAUUCGGUGCUCAAUGGCGUCAAGCCGAACGGCCUCGCUCCCAAAACAUCUCUCCAGAACUUGGACAAUGCCGCUUCCGAGGCGGCUUCGCCAAAGCAUGUCACGUCACCCCCCGCCAAAGCAGGCCAAAAGCGCAAACAGUCUCUCGAUUAAUCUGUCUCUCAGCUUCAGUAGGGUACUGCGUCACCUCAGAUUCGUCUUCAUCACGUUACGAAUACCGCAUAUAUCUGUUGCUUUCAUGUUUGUCCCAUGUAGCGCUUGGCAUUGUUGUGUAUAGUUCAUUGCUCAGUCUCUGGUCAUCUGUCGUUUGUGCGUGGCGCGGCCAACGAAAGCAUUAUAAACGAAUUGGUAUUCUAGUCCGUAGGUCGAUGAGCCUCAUCAACAAACUGUUGGUCGGCAUCUGCAAAUGAUGCUUCCUCCCGAUAGUUUGCAGGUAUCCGUUCAUAAAGCCUAUCUCUGUGUCCCGACCCUGCCGUAUAUCCAUGAGCAUUGAGGAAUAGUUGCCCGCAGUGACCUGGGCUACUCUCUGAACUUCCUUAACGAGCGACUCGGUAGUCAGUUGAUAGGGAAACUCGGUGUUCUGCUCGCGGCUCGAGGCUUUUGUCGCGACUAGUUCCGCUCUGUGCUGCACCCGGAACGCGUUCGACGCCUCCAUGCAGACGCGCUCGCAGAUUGCCUGGCCGCUCGUGUGCGCGAAGAUCUCACCGUUCUUGCAGUUCAUGAGCGCAGUGAGCGGGUUGACGACGGCGUUCACAACGACCUUCCGGCGCAUGGCCAUUUGUAUGUUGUAGAACGUCUGCCACUCGACGUUGAGGGCCUCCAUACCCGCCAGUGCGGCGAUCGUGUGCCGCAGUGAGGUCAAGCGAGAUGGACGCGAGUCAGGCUCAGUCCCUUCGGGUGCUAUGUCGUCCAAGCACAGCUGCGGGAAUGACUGCUCGAAGUCGACGCCUUCUUCAGGGAAAAUGCCCAUCUGAAUGCCGCCCACGCCCGCGUGCACGACGUGCAUGUAAUCCUUCAGCCAUGCACCGUGUGUGAUAGACGCGAGAACGAAGUGCGGGCGUUGGUCCGGAUUACGAAAGAUGUCGCGUAUGAGGGCUUCGUAGAUGCCCAUCCCAUUCUGCAUGAGAACGAUGGUGCUGUCUGGCGUGAGUCGCGGGACAAGGGCUCGAAUGGAACUGACAGUGUGGUGCGCUUUAACGCAAACAAUGAGGGAGUCGAUGGGGGUUCCCUUCGACUUCGGGGACGUAUUACGGCGGUCGGAGGAAACCUCAUGGUGGAAGCCCGUCUGGUGCAGGACGAUACCCGACCUCUCGUAGGAGAGUGUAUUGGAUGCAUUGAGCGCAGAGGCAGCAUGCUUUGCGGUUUUGUGAAUUAGAGUGAUAGGGUGGUUGCUGGAUACGUUUUGUCGAAGAUGGUAAGCAAUUAGACAUCCAAUGGGUCCCAAGCCAAGAACAUGAAAGCGCAUAGCACGACGGUAGGAAGAACCGAUGCUUUUGCGGGGCGUGAAAAAUGUUGGCAAGCCGGGAUGUGUCGCUGAAGACACGGACACAGAUUAAG